AUGGAACCAAAAUCAAGAGAAACUACUCCUGCAAAAGAGGAUUUGGACUUUAUAGUUGAUGAUGGUUAUAGACAUGAUGUGGAUCCAGAUUAUGUUCCAGAUGAAAAAUAUCUUGUUAGUGGAAAAGAGUUUAAAAAGUUAACCCAAAAUGCUAAAAAACUUGGCGCUGAUUCGCUUGAUUAUUCAACACGAAAAAAUAACAAAUACAUGGCAACACUUCCACGUGGAAAAAAAGUUCAUUUUGGAUCACCAAAUUAUCCAGACUACACUAUUCACAAAGACAAAGAUCGACGAGAUAAAUAUCUUACUAGAGCUAAAAAGAUUAAAAAUAAACGGGGGGAGUUAACUUAA